AUGCCCGGAGCUGCAACCGACGACGCCCGAAGGCUUGCAUUGGGAGACGCGGACGUUCGCCGAUGUGGACUGCCGAGUUCUUCAACCCAAGGACCUGUCAAGCUCGUCUUGGUCUACUUCCAUGGGAGCGGAACCCCCUUUCGGGUGGAGCAGGAGCGGCUCUUCACGCCACCACGUGCCCUCCGUCUCCUCGCCGCCGGGGUGGCGGUGGUGCUGCCUGCGAGCCCUUUGCGGGACGGAGCGGUCCACUUCUGGUACAGCACAGACAAAGACGUGCUCCUCGACCUUUUGAAGAAAGCGAAGAAACAGGAGGAGGUGGAAGAAAGCACGCGCCAUGCCGAGCACGCCACAGACGUUACCGCUACCUCUGCAUCUCCCCAGAGCGCCGUGGAUUUGCUCAAGGACGGAGAGCCUGCUUUUCUGGAUCACUCUCGGGCCACGGCACAAAGGGUCGUCGAAGAAGCGCGAAACGUCAUGGGCUUGCGCUUCGCUUCCGUGGCCCUGGGUGGUUUCUCGCAAGGUGCUGCUGUAGCCAUGGAUGCGGCCCUGCACCUGCCUGCACGCCCGGCCGCGUUGGGGUUCUUCUCGGGCUCACUGAUGUGCAGGAGACGCUGGCGCGAGCGCCUCUCCACAUUGAAGGGUUGGGCCGACCUUCCACUGGUUCAAGGCCACGGCCGAGGAGAUUGGGCGGUGGGUGUCAAUGGCGGGCGCUGGAUGCGGGACUUCUGCCGCGAUGAGAUUGGAAUGCAGCAGGCAGAAUACCACGAGUUUCAAGGCGGCCACACCAUUCCGCCUGACUUGGCUGACCGCUUCAUGGAAGUCCUGCUUCUCGCCGCAGGAGCAGAGUCGACGUGA